GAUGGGCUGACGGCGCGUGCGCAGUCCAGCUGGCGGCGGAGGGGACGAUUUGGCGCCAACCUUCGCGGGAUCUCAAGAAAAUGCCCCAAAGGACGUUUGCCCCUCCAGUAGCUAAACCCAACCAUGCUCCGUUUGCAAAAGGAAAACUGGAGGCACCUCAGAGCAGACAAGAAGAUGGUGUUGCGACAAAACCCAUAAAAAUCCCCCCCAAAAAAUCAAAUCAGAAACAGGAAAUGAACACGUCUAGCACAGCAACACCCCUAAAGUGCAGGAAAGAUGGAGUCAUGGGCAAGGAAAGAGAAAAUUACCUCACUGAUGCCCAGUAUGACGAGAUAUUCCGCAGUGUGCUUCAGAAGCCUUUGCAGGAGUGCAUGGAAAUCUCUGGGAUGAAAGGUGUCUCAGUGGAGGCUAAUAAGGAACAAAUCUUAGGAAGAGAGACUUUGACUGCAUCUCCAACUUCAAAGGAUGAUGUCUAUGGAAAGAUAAGCAAGGAGAACAGUGAGAGGAUGCCUUUGGAAGCAAAAAAGAAGGAGCAUCCACUCGGAAUGAAGAAAUACGGCAAAUGCUUUCAACAUAAUAACAAAGGAAAGGAGAAAAAUGAGAAACCAGAAGCAGACAAUGGAGGGUGUAAGGAAAACCGGAAAGGAGCGCCUAAGAAAAAAGUUAAAGGCAACACCCAAGUCGUCAUUGACCAAGAGGAAAUGCAGGAGGAGGAGAAGUCAGACAGAGGAAGUGGUAGCUGCUGGUGCAUUGCAUGGGUCCAGUGCUCUUCUCCAACCUGCAAGAAGUGGAGGCAGCUCCCCAGUGACAUUGAUCCUUCGGUUCUGCCCGAGGACUGGUCUUGUAGUCAGAAUACAGAUCUCCAAUGCAACAGCUGCAGUGUUCCUGAAGAGACAUGGUCAGGAUCUGAAAACGAGGUGGUCUAUGCAGUUUAUAUUCCGGGGUCGAUCGUAUGGGCAAAACAGUAUGGAUACCCAUGGUGGCCAGGGCUCAUAGAGGCCGAUCCUGACAUUGAGGAGUAUUUCCUGUUUUCUUCCCAGAUGGAUUUGCUUCCUUCCAAAUACCAUGUGACCUUUUUUGGUAGCUCUGUGACCCGAGCUUGGAUUUCUGCCUCCAGUCUAAGGAACUUUAGUGAAGCAAAUGUGAAAGAGAAUGGUUUGGCUAAGCUUAAGAACAAAGCUGACAAGAGGGAUCUUGAAACUGCCCUGAAGAUGGCAAAAGAAGCAGAGCAGAUAAGCAUUCAGGAGAGAAUAAGGAGGUUUGGAUUCUUCAGCCGAUUCAACAGGAGAGAGUCGCCCAAACGCUUAAAAGAUCAUGUCAAUAUCUCCUGCCAGCCUCCUGCCAAGAGAGCUUGGGGAGGACCAGAGAGUGAGAAUAAGAAUACAGCAAGAUCAAACAAGAAUCAAGAAAAGCUUCUUCCUGCUGUGCCGCUGACAAAACCUGAUGGGAAUGUCAAGAAAAUCAACAAGAAAGGGGACAAGAAAAGCAAGUUAGAAAUGACAGAUACUGUCUCUUUGUCAAAGAAAAGUCGAAGAGUGACACCUCCCUACAAAGCUGUAACUGUGGAACAAAGAUCUGGCAAAGCAAGGGGACAUCUGAAUGGCCAGAAAGGUUUAAAGAAAUCAUUCUCAGUGCCACGGCGCAAGAAUGCCCAAACCAAGCAGCUCAGUCCUUGCCUGGACAGCAGCACCGCUCCCAUGGCCCUGUCCAGUUAUCCAAACAAUAACAACUGUUGGAACAAAGUCAAAACUUCCCCCAUGGCAGGAAGCAAGGGCACUGUGGAUCUUAAGGAAUCUAGUGAAGCUAUGGCAUUUGACAUGGAGGAGGAGGAGACCUUCAGCAGCCAAGAUAUGUCUGUCUUUGCUGUGGAGAAAAACGACUCUCCUGAAGAGUUUUCCUUGGUCUUAUUUGAAGAGUAGUCUUUGAGCAUUAGGUGACACCCCCAUCCCCAAAGUGAAAGAAAUGGGUUAUUUCUUUCUUCAUAAUUUGCUACUGGUCGCCUUCAAGAUCAAAAGCACUGGUAAGGGCAAGUAGAAACCCAAACUGUAUCAGAUACUAGAGGCAUAGGAAAAAGACCAUUGCCGCUUGAGUUCUUGAGCUCAAUCCACCUAGGAAGUCGGUGACAGCUUGUUUUUAAACAGGACUGUGAAGUUUCCACUUUUCCAUUCCGUGAUUAAAUAGGCAGCUUGAAAAACUGCAAUAAACAAGACAUGGAAAAUAAAUUCACUCUCCGACAAAUCUGAUUGACUCUCUUCAUGUUUAGUGUGAAGGAGAAAUGAAGCCAACCAUCAAGCGAGUUAUAGAACUUUUCUAAGAGUUGUUUUGCACCUGUUUGUAAUACGACAAGAAUUUUGUUGUUGUUGAAGACGAAAAGUUCCAUCCCUCCACUUGUUUCAGCAAAACUCUAUUAAAUUUUUGGAUUUAACUGGGAGUCUCCAAUGUCCUUCAGUUUUAUUUAUUGUAUUUAUUUAUUUAUUAAAUUUAUACCC